GGCUGCUUUCAUCAGUUCACGGCAAACGACGCACGAAUACAGAGUGAAGAGGCCUUUCGCAUCGUUCUUGUUGAGCAAGACUUAUGUGUCAACUCAAACUGGACAAAAUGAAGCCAAAUUGAUUCCUGACAUGAAGCCCUCUUGGGUUCGACUAAAAUGGGACUUCGAAGCUUCAGGAAAACUGCCUUCAAAGUGGGUUCACUUGUGGUUCUCUUGAUGAUCCUGUAUGGAGUCCUGCACCCUGAAACUAAGGGCAAAAUAAAUCUAAAUCUUCACAUCACCGAAGAGUACCAAGUCCAGGCCACUAAUCUACAAUAUCCUUUGACUAAUUUAACCCACACACCUACUUUAGGCAGAUUCCUGGCAUGCGAAAAUAACGUGGAUUUGGUGAUAUUCGUUGAUUCUUGGACCCGGGAUUGGGAACAACGAAACUGCAUCCGGAACACAUGGGGAUCCAGACGGCUGAGAGAAUUCACAUUCGCUCAAGUGUUCUUUGUGGUUGGGACCAAUCGAAGUGAUCUUCAAAUUCAGCAGCAGCUCCAAUGGGAACAAGAUAUCCAUAACGACCUCAUUCAGGGAGACUUUGACGAAAGUUUGUGGAACACCUUGUACACAGAUUUAAAGGCGAUCAUUUGGCUGAAAUGGUUCACAGAGCAUUGUCUUCGGGCAACCAAUAUUCUAUCAGUCAAUUCACAAGCAUUUGUGGAUAUCAUUGCCUUACAAGAAAACAUCCAGAUCAACAAUACUAUUUUAACGAGUGGAUUCAACCUGGUGUGUACUUCAGAAGUGGUCAUGAAUGCAACAGUCUGUCAGAAUGAUACAUAUCUCAUUUCAAAUCAAACCAGAAACCACUUGAUGGAACACCUAGAACAUCCUUUCGGGAGCGAAUUGAGUCCAGCCCCCCAUUUCCUUGCAUCUUUGUCAGAGGAAGCGGGACUCUCACUCAUAUCACAGCCCAAUUACAUUCUGAGCCCUGAUUUGGAAAUCUCGGAUUCAUCGCCAAUUGUAAUGCCAACCGAUGAAGACGAGUUUGACUCAAUCUGGGCACAGUUCUUGGACAAUCACGAUCUGGACCCGAAAAAGAUUCCACCUGUUAUUUCUCAAAACUUCUCAACCACUUCCCACACUACCUAUGUGAUUGAAAAUCCCAAUUUCUGCACCAAGAUAUGGCCAGACAUCGAGAUCUUGGCUGUGGUUCAUUCCAACCCAAGUCAAGGUGACUUUAGAGACCGGAUCCGAGCCACUUGGGGUGAUCCAAGGAUCUACAAUGAGGUCAAAAUCAGGCCUCUGUUCUUUGUCGGUCGAUCCCCCGACCCAGUGGUGGAAGACUCGCUUCAGCAAGAGAGCUUCUCCUACGGAGAUUUAGUGCAGACGGACUUUUUGGACUCGUACAAAAACUUGACCUUCAAGGCCAUUUCGUGGAUGGCCUGGGUCGAGUCCCAUUGUUCCCAGGUGAAGGAUCUCAUCAAAACCGACGAUGACAUGAUAGUUGACGUGUUUCGCUUGAGCCAGUAUCUCAAACAGAUGCAUAUUAUGAUGAACAGCUUCAAAGGACGUGAGCACUUGAAGUUCCAUUGUUACUAUUGGCGGUACGGAACGAUUAUCCGUGAUCCAGACAAAAAACAUUACGUUUCACAGGAAACUUUCAGUGGGCGGAGAUUCCCCGCCUAUUGCUCAGGGAGUGCCUUUAUCUUGUCCACAAAGAUCAGCCAGGUGCUUCUAGACAACUUUCGCCAAGACCCGCACUACUUGUGGAUCGAUGACGUGUUCAUUACGGGCAUUUUGGCUAAACGGGCCGGAGUGAAACAUCAUUCCAUGGGCAGACAUUUCAUUUUGAACGCGAAAGAUCUGAAGUCCGAGAAGAAUCGUCGGAGUAUGAUUUUUGCCCACAUAUCGGGUCGUGGGAAUCAUCAAAAGCGAAUGCAAGUGUGGAAUGAUGUGAUGAGUCGAAACCAGCGCAUUUUUGCACCUUGUGGAGUCAAGAAAUUGGAUGUGAAGCCUGUCAAGAAAAGAUUGGGAAGGCCCAGUUUUGAACUCAUCAAAUCAUUGGACUCCUGAAGAUGGAUAAGCCGACUAAACUGCAAAUAUGCUGUUGUCUGUGAUAUCAAAUUAAAGGGUAUUUUUUAUUGA